GUCUCCGUCGUCUCCUACGCAACCGAUCAAGCGCGCUCAAUGAUCUGCAAGGCGCCGUAGCCUACUGUGCUCAAGGUCUACCUCCUCAUCAUCAUCUUCUUCUUCUUCUUCUCGUCAUCUCCUGCUUCAACGCUAUAGGACUUGGCUGGAAUGUCCCUCCCACGGGAGGCGGCGGCGGCGGCGGCGCCUUUGCUCAGGCUACGCGACGAAUAUCGAUCGACGCAUCCCUUCUCGGAAGUCUUCCCGCCACCCUAUCGCGUCAUUCUCCUUCUCAGCCUCGGAGUACUAUGCUGGGCAGCUAACAUACACGGGCUUCGAGUGUUGGGUCUCAAGCCGGAUGAGCUUCUUGCUGCUAGUGGCAGUGGACCACGAUUGGGGGAGGAAGCCGAGGACGACGAGGAUGGGGCUGCGGGACCAGCGCCUUUGCCCGUUCAUGCGACGAGGAAGCAUGGCAGUGAAGAUGGGCAGGGAGAGGCAGGCUUGUCAAUACGAGGCGGCAGUAGCAGCAAUGGCGUCAAUGGGUCUCACCACGUCGAAAGGCACUGGAUCUCUUACGCUCCCCGCGGCAUCUACGGCAUCGCCGCCAUGCUGGCCGCCUGGGCGUUAGGGCAUUGGUUCUUCUUUCGCCUCUAUGUCUCACGCCAGGGCGACCCAAGUGGGCGUCACGCGCAAGCCUUUCAAGGCAUAGCGGUCCUGGGCGUCUUCGUUGCUGCACUCUGGCCGGGCAAUGUUCUCUACAAGGGGAGACGCAAACAAUCCCUCCUGCCGCUCCUUCUGCCGCGCCCUCUGUUCUUUCGCGCCCCGACCUUUCCCUCCAUCCUCCUAGCAGACAUCCUCACGUCCUUUGCCAAAGUCUUCGGCGACGUAUGGCUGACGGCCUGCUUCCUCGUGCCACGGAAGGAGCACCACACCUGGUGGAACGGAAGAGGUUCGUGGGUCGUACCCGUCCUGGUAUCGUACCCGUAUGCGGUCAGGUUAAUUCAGUGCUUGGCUGAGUAUAGGUAUAGCAAGGGACCGGCCGCAUACGGCGGGGCAAUCAAGCAGAAGAGCCGACGACCCCUGGCAAACGCACUGAAGUACGCUAGUGCUUUUCCCGUCAUCUGUGAGCAUGAGAGGGCAACUUACUUGAUAGCGUUGGCCUGGGUUCACUCGUCAUCCUUUACCUCUCUUCGCUCGCACGUAGGGAUCUCCGCCUCUCAGUCCUCACGCGCCGGCGCCGUUCCAGACCAAGACGAGGACGGAGGCUCCCUCUGGCGCUGGUGGUUCCUCUCUGUCCUGGUCAACUCUCUCUUCUCCUUCUGGUGGGAUGUGACCAAUGAUUGGGGAUUGGAAGUAUUCAAGCCGGAGACGUGGACAAGCAAGGAGCACCAUCAGCAGCAGCAACACAACCAGCAGAGGAGACGAAGCUCGUUUGAUGGGAACGGAGUGGAACAAAGACCAGGGGGGAUGCAUCGCCGCGGUUUGAGUACGUGGCCUGCACCAAGAGGAGCAGCUGUGAACGAGGCGGUUGUAGAUGAGUAUGGAGAGGAAGAGGGGAUGGAAAGUGGGGACGCCUCCUCUUCUGCUCUGCUUGAUGUGCCGUUGCGCUCCUCACCUUCGCGCUCACACCAUCUCCAUGGUCAUUCCCACGGCCACGCACGGCAAGCCUCACGCCUGCUGCGUCGUCCCUCUGAAGGGUUCCCCACCCUCUUCCCGCCCACGGUAUACCAAGCCGCCAUCCUCCUCGACCUGGUGCUCCGCUUCACCUGGUCGCUCAAGCUUUCCCCUCACCUGGCGCAGCUGGUGGAUCUGGAGAGUGGAGUCUUCGUGCUCGAGGCGCUUGAGAUUUUGAGAAGGUGCGGCUGGGUCUUCCUCAGGUGUGAAUGGGAAAGUGUAAAGAGAAGAAGAGCUAGAGAGGUGUUGCGCGGGGGCAGGGUCAGGGAGGGGGUCAAGGAGGUGGAUGAGGUCAUACUGGAAGGACUGCAGAGAUGAGGUCGUGUGGGCGAACGGAAAGUAGUGGAUCGCAGCAGAACGCAACGCAAGCGCAUG